UCGCUGUUGGGAGGCGGACUGACAUUCUUCACCAGUAGAUUUGAGCACGCGCAGACGGGCGGUACAGUUGGCAAACUGACGAAAUUGUCUUCGGAAACGUGUAGAAUCAAACACAAAGCGACAUUAUGACUUCGACUAACAUCUUUCAAGGGCUGGAUACCGGCACGAAACCAAGCUCGAGGGUGUUGCAGCCUCCCGGAGGUGGCUCCAGUAACUUGUUUGGUGCCUAUGAAGAUGACUCUGCAGCACCAAGAAGACCUAAUAGGAUGGCCUCUAAACUCUUUGCUCCACCAGAGGAGUCCCAGAGUGCACCCAAGCGCUCCAAUCCUCCAGGUGGGAAGAGUAGUGGAAUAUUCGGGGAUCCUGAACCUCCAGCUCGGCAACAGAGACACAAAGCUCCCGGUGGACCAGCCAGCGACAUAUUCGGUGCUGCAGAGAGUGCACCUGUCUUAAGCCGAAGCCACCCUAAUAAGCCAAAGGACUAUUUAAGUCUGGGACCUGAAUCCGUAUCAUCACCUGCACCAGAAGCCAAGGUCAGCCAACCUGAGGUGAAGGAGGAGGUGGCCCCCCCAGCGCCCAUGCCGGCCAAAGAAGAGCCUGCUGCUGUCCCAGCCCCUGCUGUGUCCGAGCCCCCUCCUUCCUCACCCUCACCUCCUAAGAAGACGCAUCCGACUGUCGAGGUGAAGAACCACGAGCCUCAUCUGGGACCCAAGCAUCGUUCUCACAACAGGGUCCUCAACCCCCCUGGAGGAAAGUCUAGUGUGGUAUUCUACUGAUCAGCUAAACGUGCAUCUCCUCCCUGUUUGUGUUCAUGCACUCUUUGUCUGCUCCCCUGUCAAUCUUCUCUCAUUCCACCACGGUUAUUUCACCUGUACAUUUAAACACGGAGCAGGACGUUUUGUUCUCACCAGAUUCCUAUUCACAUAUGUUCUCCUCAACUUCUUGCACUUUUGGCCCUAUUUCUUGCUUCCAGCUCUUUGUCUUAUUUUUCAAUGAAUCCUACAAUCACCACUCAACAGGCUAGCUACUAUUACCUAAUCACUUUUACUGUCACACUGUUCAAUUGCAGUUUUUUUGAUGUUUCUGACAGUUUUGAAAACAUUUUUCCAUCUCAGGAAUGGUUUAGACGUUGUCGUUGUUGUACAAUCAUCAGCUUUAAACAGUCCUAGAUUUAAAUGACUAUGUAAGAAAAUCCCACCGUACAAAUUCAAGACACGCAUUUGCUAAAAUGUUGACGCCUCUUGUUUGAAGCAUUAUUAUGUAGCCGUUCAAUCAGCAGGGGGUGAAUACAUCGCCUAUGUAAAUUGUGACGGGGAGUUCCACUAGUGCCACCUUCGUUGUGUGUUGCUGGAUCUUUAUUGGAUUGAUGCAUGGAACCUUGUAUUUUGCGGUUUUACAAAAUAAUACAUGUGUUGGACUCAAACCAACGACUAUAAAUGAAGCCGUAGCACAUUUUCAUCUUUCUUGACGUUUCCUUAAUCAUCCCGUCAUCUCAACAUCUGUCUAACAUUAAUAAUCUGCUGCCGAAGCAUAAUCUCUGUUCAAGGAUAAAUGCCAAAAAGUGGAAUGAAACAAAGAUUAAUGCAAUUGUUUACUCCUUAAAAUUCCAUUUUGAUUGUAUGUGGAUGUAUUGCGCUGGUACUACCUGCUUUCUCUUUGUUGCUUUCUUUAUCUGAGAACAUGCCUUUUUAUGUGUGGGGUAGGCCUCUGUUUAUGUUUUAAAUUAAAACGGCUGGAGACGAGUGAACUCUGGACAAUCGUGUGGUCUACCUGAGUCCAGGUGGCCUAAUUGAUAAAAACCCUUUUCACCCAAUUCAUGACUCACAUUAAUGCUAUUCUGUUGCUGGCCUGCGCCCCCCCCCCCCCCCCUUCCCCCAUUCGUGUUGAUGUGCCUGGCAGGCAAUGAGCGUAGAAGAAAAACCUGUGUAUUGCAAUAAAACUGUUUUGCAUUAAAAAGUU